UUACGUGUCUUGUAAUUAUCAUAAUAGUAAAUACACAGUCAACACAACACAUAGACUUAUACACUGUGCAGAGGGAGGAAGGAACCGAAUCAAAACCCAAGGAAGAUCAACCAUUUUUUCGCUAUAAUUGGUUUCAACAAAAUAAGUUCCACAACUACGCGACAAAUAUACAUGUACAUGUAUCACCGUCUUCAGCAAGAAAUGUUGUACCUUUGACUUUGAGUGGACCAUACACGUAAUACAGCCCAGUAUACAGCUCAUUGCUAACCACAAGUAGAGCACACAACUUGAAAACCAAAGUGCAUCAUAUAUAUCAACCCAAGAGGGGGUCAGUUGUGUUUUUCACCCAGGGAUUUUUAACUAGACAGAUACGGUUAUGAUGGAUAGUAGCAAUGGCAGUAAAGAGAUGCAGGCGAAUCUCUGCAGGAGCGGAUGUGGCUUCUACGGAAGCGCCGCUACAGAGGGCAUGUGCUCUAAAUGUCAUAAGGAUUAUAUGAGGAAAAAACAAAACUCACCUGUGCAACCUCUAGUGUCUAGUAACACAACAAGUGCAAACUCAUCAACACAAACACCAAGCACCAUAGCACCAGAAGCCUCUCUCACCUCUGCGACAACUGCCACCGCCGCCCCAACGGUCACUUCCAUUGCCCCUGCAAACGAACGGGUAGAAGCACCAGAAGAAGAGGAGUGCAGCUCACCAGCAAAGUCCGACUCACAACCCCAGGGAGGUGCCUCACCGUCAGUAUCAGAUUCACAAGAUUCAAGUGAUGGAAGUGAGAAGGGCAAGAAAAAGAGGAAUAGAUGUCACUCAUGCCGUAAGAAGGUUGGUCUUACAGGUUUUGAGUGUCGUUGCGGAGGUCUCUAUUGCAGUAUACACCGCUACUCAGACAAACACGAGUGUUCAUUUGACUAUCGCUCACAUGGCCAAGAGGAAAUUAGGAAAAACAAUCCAGUGGUGGUUGGAGAAAAAAUUCAGAAGCUGUAGCGCUCAGUCAAGAGUAGUUUUUAUCAUAGAUAUUUUAUUCAUGUAUUUGAUGGUGUACAUGUUGAUGGUAGUUUGUGUGGGAGGGUAUUUGCCAGUACCGCAAACAUUGAUCAUUUGUUAUACUUGUAUGUGUGUACUUUUUUUUUUUAAUGAUGGUCCCGCCUUUUUUAGGGACUGCAUUGUAGGUUAACAUCAUGGGGUAUAUACAUUGGAAAUGCUUUCAAGAGUUACUAGUAAAUCUUCCAACGUGAAAGACAUAAGAAGAGGUGUAAACUGCUGUAUUGAUAACCAAAAUGUAGAUUGAAAUGUAAGGUGUGAGCAAGUAUUGAUAACCAACAGUUUCGGGUCAUAUCUGUUGGGACUUUGAAGGCACUGAAAAAUUCUCCUUGCUUUAAUAGCCAUUAUAAUACCCCAAAUUAUCUAGCGUGACUUCCGUUACUGUGGUUUAAAUGUGGACUAACUUACACAUUUCUUAUCUUUAUGACAGUAACUUUUUUUAUUCAAGUGUCAUGGUUAACUUCAGGUGCUGCUAUUAAAGACCGUAGAGUAUAGACAAGAUACCACGGCAUAUACAUGUGCAUUUUAUCUAACCUCUCUACAUUUCUAGUGUUCAUACAUCGUAAGAAUUUUCAAAUUGGAGUGUUUUUUUUAAUAAUUUAAAAUAAUUGUUCAUCUUCAUUUUAUAUGUUCUUCACACAUACAGCUGUAGUGCAUAUAUCUUAUUGGAAUUUCCACUAAAAAUCACUUAUUUUAUAUAGCAGUCAGCAAUUAUAUUAGUUGUACUGCCUGCCCUGAACCCUAAAUGUUUUCCUCUGCUCAUACAUAAAUUUCCUUUUUUUGUUGUUGAAAUGUAUUAUGCUGAUUUUAUCCAAAUUUGUAUCCAAUCUGAUCAUGUAUGAUGUGAUUCAAAUGAAUCUAGUUUUGAUAAUAACUAGUUUAGAAAAUAGCUUUAUUUAAAACAAAGUUUUGGCAUUUCAUAAUUAAUGGUUUAUAAUCAUCAGGAAAUUUGAAGUGUUUUUGCCUUAAUUUUCUUCAGUGAUUUUGUUUUUUAAUUUGCAAAUGGUUAAAGCAGAUAAUUAUUGUGUAGCUCAUUUGAAUGGCGUGGAGAAAAUACUCAAGUACUGAACUUAUUAGAUGCACGUAACUGCUUUAUAUAUAAAAUGCAAAGAUGGUUUCAAGAGAAAUUAAAAUUGUCAACUUAUUGAUGGUAUACUAUUGAAGAUGAUGUACAAUAUGUAGGUCUGUCUAAAAGAGAUUAUUUGUUGAUAGAAUAACUUUGUUUUCUUAACUGAAGAAUGAAAGUCAUAUGCUGUGAAAUGUACGUUAGUGACAAUAUCCCAGUUCCUGAUUUGGCCCUAUUAACUUUAAGCCAAGGCAAAGGAUAUAUAUACAGCAGGAAAAUUCAAUAAUAUGUGCCCUGAUAAUUAUAUUAACUCUGCAUCUAAACGUUUUCAACCUUAUGUGCUCCUUUUUAUAUUUAUUUUAUUUUAAUGCACAUGAAGGCUUGUUUUAUUUGGUAUUUCCAUGAGGCAAUAACGAUAUCUUUUUGCCACAAUUUUAUUUUCAUUAAUGUAUAUGUUAUGCCUUGGUUUGAUAGUCUAGUAGUAUCCAUUACAACAAUACAAUUACCUAUUCCUUUUUGUUUUGCAGUUUCAGUACAGGAACAAUCAGUGGACUCAUUGCAUUAUAAUAUAUAUCUUCUGCCUUGGCCAUUAUAUAAAUCAGGUCUAGUCCUUUAGAUUGCAUCAUCAUUUCAGUCUAUUGCAAAAUUAUAUUCAGAAAAGUUCCCUAAAAUGAUACAUGUAUUUAUUAAAAGGAAAAAUAGUGGAAGGUGCUGAGUAAGCUGACUAUUUCAAUGUUUGCAAGUCCAAGGUUUUAUGAGAGCUGAGUGAGAAUAUGAAUAAUCCUGUUUUCAUGCAACUCUAUGGUUUAUGUAGUAAUAAUAAAGGUCUCUAUUCUAUACACUUUUCCAAAAAUGCUUUCUAAAUCUUUUUCCCCUCUUUCACUUCAUAUUUUGCUUCUUAAUUAAGCUGUUAUGAAUUCUUGCUGCUUUUUCACAAAUGUCAAGCUUAUGAGCAUUAUUAUUUGUACUCUCGGACAGUUAACAUUCAAUGUAAAAGAAAAAGAUAUUUAAAUGUUGAUUCUGGUGGAUUAAUCCUGGGUUUUAUUUCAUGCACACUGAGUAUGUGAUUGCAAAGCACUAUAUAAAUAUAUAUAUAUAUAUAUCUCAAACAUUUGAAGUAAGUUAUUAUACACUGCUGAUACAUUAAUCUUGUUUGCAUACAGAUAUUUUGUCCUUGGAAGGUACAUAAUUAAAUAAUAUGACAAGAGAUUAAAUGAUGGGCAAAUUCAAAAAAGUUCUGGAAAAAAAAAGUGCUUUCCAUUAUAACCAUAAAACAAACUUGAUUCAUCAAUGCUCUGACAGAUUAGUGUCAUAUGUUGGAUAGGUGACUGAUUUACAUAUCGCUUAUGCAAUUGUCUGAACUUCUGUUUUCUUAAUAUUCAAAUCUAUUGUCCAAUAUCUCAUUUUGUCAGAAACUGUGUUCUCGUUCUUUUUCUGUACUUUGGGGUCUAGCCAAUGCAUGCAUGUUGUUGUGAAGUUAAGCCCAACAGGAUCGGAAUAACAUUACUUGCCUGCAUAAUGAGAUGACAUUUACUUGAUAUAGCUGAAGGCUAACCUGACCAUAACAUGUCAGUGUUUUUUGUCUGCAGAUGUUCAUGAGGACAUGACACUGUUUGAUAUCCAAGCAUGAUUCCCAUAUUUUUCUGUAGAGUUUUGAAACACAUGUAUCUUAUCAAAUUUUGAAUUUACAUGUACAAUAGAACUGCAUUGUAAUGGCGGGAUGAACAAAAUGCUAAUGCCAAAGAGAACAAAUACAAUGAUGAAAAAUAUUGGAAUUGUAGAUGAAAUAUGGAAAAAGCAGUGACAGAAUUGGUAAAAAAAAUCUUUUAAUCGUGUUCUAAGAAAGACCUGAGGCAUUGUCCAUAUUGUGUACCCUCAGUUCAUUUAUGCAGUGAUGAACAGCCAAUGUUAACUUUAAUGGUAUUUAUUCUUGUAGAGUCUACACAUUGAUAAAUUAAUAUUUGAUAUCAGAUUUACAAUUUUUUUUUACUAAGCCAUGUUUCUAUGAAAGUAAAUAUAUUAGUUAAUGUGUGUCAUUUUAGUUGCAAUUGCCUUAUAAUGCACUGUUUUUUCCUAGAAAAUGCUCAUUGAUAUACCUGUGCAUGCUGCUUACAGAGAACCUCAACAGGGUGCGACUAAUUCUUUUGAUAGACCAAAAGACUGAACCAAUUGAUACCCUGAUAAAUUGGCUAAUAUUUGUCAGGGCUAUUUUGUAGUGCAUGCACGUAAUAUGAAAACCUCUCUUCUUUUACGCAUCAGGUCAUUUAUGUAAAACACUUGCAAAUCAAGAAAAGCCAAAGGUCAUGGUUAUAUCGCUCAUAGACCUGUGUAGUAUGGUCUCUUCUUGACAAUCCUGCCUCCCAACAACAACAACAGCAACAACAAAAUCAGUAUAGAAAGAAAGAAAGGGGAAUACGGGGAAUCAUGUUCUCACUGCUUAGAAAAUGUCGGUCUUAACUGCGAAGGUUACUGAUUUGAUUAUUGGUCAUUCAUAACUAUGCCUAAAGGAGAAUGUUUAUACAGUGGCUAGGAAUUUGACUAUAUUAUUGAGCCCUUGUACACAAGUACUUCAUUUGUAGGGAAUGGCUGUAUGGGGAUGCUCGGGAGAGAAGAUGUGUAUUUACAGGCCUCUUUCGCUGAUUUAUCCCCUGAAUCAUUAUCACAUCUCGGGAAAGAGUCAUUAUGUUCUGGCUUUGUUUGCAGGACACACACAUGCAUUCAUUGUUGAUCAAUGUGCAAUCAGUCUUAAACAAAGAUGUCAACAGUAAUAAAACAAAAAAUUAAGGUAUUCAAGAUAUUUGAAAAUAUCCUAAUUUUUUAUUUACACUAAAUAAGAACAUCAUUUUCAAUUGGUUUGAAAGUCUUUUUCCUGUCCUGAAUUGUUGCACCCUGCUUUUUAAGUUGCUUUUAUCAUAAUGUGAUAUUUGAUUAUCCUACUCUGUUUUCCUCUUAACAAAUAUGGCACGUAGCAUAUGAGUAGCUUGCGUGCUGUUGAAGGUUGUUGCAUGAUACAUUAGUCCUCUUUAUAACAAAAAGUAUGAAUUAUUCUAGAAAGAACCAAGUAUGGAAAUGCUUUAUUGAUUUCUUUUCUUCCAUCAAUGCUGUAAUGUAUGGGAUAUUAAAUUAAGUAUACUUCAUCAA